AUGUUAUCGAGGAGUCAACUGAAAGAUAUUAAGCACAAGGCUUUGGAGGUGGAGAAAGAGAUUCUGGAUGACGAAGUGAGUAAGUUUCUGUCAGACCGACAUCCCGUGAAGGAGAAACCACGGAGAAUCCCGUUACUUCUGUCACACUGGGACUCAAUCGACAUGACAUGUAAACUGGAUGGUCCCCUGAGCCUCCAGGACUCGCUGAACGGUUCCAUCCAAAUGAUGGAUGUGGAUACCGGCCAAUCAGACUCGCCGUCCAAGUCUCCGCAUGAUAUGUUAACCAAUCAACGAACAGUUUCCCAAUCGCCAGCCAAUGCCAUGUCCACCGACUCCAGCCACAUGAUGAACGGGGAUCUUAACAUAGACGAGCUAGCCAAUGUAAAGAACUUAAAGGAAGCCGAGGUGGUAGUCCGUACGAAAGAGAUAGUGAAGGUUUUAGCAGGACUUGAUACGUAUGAGGACGGUCUGGGAAUGAAGCUUGUAAAAGCUUUAGGCGAUACCUACUGGGGGUACCGACCUCAUCGGAAAAAAAUCGGAGACGGAUUAGCGGAGGCGGGAUUUGGUGAGGUAGCGAUGAAGAUGCUGAAGACACUGAAUUCUAAAGGAAUAUUUAAAAACGACUCUAUAUGGUUCCCGGCCUACUAUUCCCUGAACACACUUUGGAACUUCACGGACGCGAGUCUCCGUCUGGCUAAGACAGUGGCUGAAGCGGACGGUGUACGUUUCCUCACGGCCAACUGUAACCAUCAACCAUUCCUUACUAACCUCAACAAUAAGAAUGUGUACUACAUAGUCAAGUCUUCCAUGAGUAUAGUACACAACAUUGCCCGCAACCCAGACGUCAUACAUUUCUUCAAAGAGAGCAAAACCACAGAGGUGUUGCUGAAGUUCCUAAAGUCAUACGAAGAACACGAGAUGCUGAAGAUAAUGGCGAUGUUAACUUUAUCACAUAUCGUGGAAGAGGACGAGAACGACAAACUUAUGGACGACACAGGUUCUAUAGAGGGAACGCUGAAGUACAUAGACAAAGCUAUAGAGGAAGAACGGCGGAGAUACCGGGGCUUCACACCUCAGGAACUCAUGGACGGUCUAGGCAAACUGGCCGUCAACGACAACAACAAAAAAAAGAUUAUCGAAGCGGGUGCACUUCCGAUAUUUAUGAAGAUGUUAAAGAGUGAUUCGGACGAGGAACAUGUUGUAACUGCACGUGCAAUCUGGACAUUAUCAUUUGACAAAGACGUAUGUCAGCAAAUCGUGGAUCACCCAGAUAUGAUGACGUCACUUGAAAAACUCAGGGAAAGUGGUGAUAGUGAAGUUAGAAAAAAUGUCAACGGUGCACUGUUCGUUCUCAAGGGAGAGAAUGACGUGUCAAAAAGACCAAAAUCAGGGAGGAAAAACAAAGGUCACGUGUUUAUCAGUUAUUCCUGGAACGAAAAAGAUAUCGUACUCAAGAUCAGAGAGAGACUCAAGACUGCAGAGGCGGAAUACACUUUCCAACUAAGGAAAGACUAUAUCCCACUUAUGAUGCAGAUGAAAUAUCGGCCAGAUGGCUGGCUGGGAGCUAUUCUUGGAGCAAAGCUCUACUUCGACUUCAGUGGUAAAUACCAUUUCGAGAAGCCUUGGAAUGGACUCCUGAAGGAACUAAAGGGAAUGGGGAGGCUUGCCUUACCAUCGGCUACUCCAGGAAAAGAAGUGACAGAUGGUCCUAUUCUUGCCACCUCGGCGUCUACAGCGGCCUCCUCUCCCGGCAGUACGUCUACCUCCUCACAAGCCUACAGGAUGACGACAGAGGACGUCAGUAACUGGCUUUGUCAGAGUAAACUGGAUGGGUGUGUUCCGUCUCUGGCUCAGUUUGACGGGAAGUUACUGGUACAACUACAGAGGAUGAAAAUAGAGGCCCCAGAAUUCUACUAUGCUUCCUUGGAGAAGAAAUUGGGUAUGAACCUCGUGGAGAUCUUAACAUUUACAGAAGCCCUAGACAAAUUAUAAAUCACACGUGACCAAACUAUCACGUCAACUAUUGCACGUGGCAUAGGGCGAUAGGUCACGUGAUCAAGGACAAUUGCUAGGGCCAAGUUAUCAUGUGAUCUAGGACACGUGAUUAAGAUUUGAAUAUUGCCAUGUCAGACCAUGUCAUUUGUAGAUUGAUGGUUGUGUGAAGUAUAAUGUACCAAUAUUAACAUCAGUGUAUCAUUCAUACAACACGUACUGAA